CUUUAAAACCCUAAAAAACCUACAAUUUUACAACCACUCUCUUAUUUCAAUUCCUCCCUCUAGCUAACAUAAUGGCAGCAUCACUUGACCGUUUCUUUGAUACUCAAGAACAAAUAUGCUACGUCCAAUGCACUUUUUGCACCACUAUCUUACUGGUGAGCGUGCCGACUUGUAGCAUGUCAAUGGUGGUGACUGUAAGGUGUGGUCAUUGCAAUGGUCUUCUCUCAGUCAACAUGUUGAAAGCCUCCUUUGUCCCUCUCCAUCUUUUUUCUUCCCUUAACCAAGAUCAGGAAAAUAAUAAACACCAAGAGGAAGUGAAUAUGUCAAGGGUGACGGCCGAUAGGCACAGCACUACAUUGUCUAUGCUACCCUCUUCGGAAGAAGAUAAUGAUGACGGCGAUGAUGACGAAGAAGAAGAUGAUGAUGAUGAUGAUGAAGAUAACAUUGUGCUUGAGCAAGUUGUUAAUAAACCUCCAGAGAAGAAGAGAAGGGCACCAUCAGCUUAUAACAAAUUCAUCAAAGAAGAAAUCAGGAGGCUUAAGUCUAGAAAUUCGAACAUGAGUCACAAGGAAGCCUUUAGCACUGCUGCCAAAAAUUGGGCUCAUUUCCCGAGGGUCCAAAAUGAAGUUGAAGAACAAAAUGAUAGCCAUGAUAACGUGAAGAUGACACGACACUUUGAAGAAGAAACGCGUUGAGGUUGUUCUUUGAUUUCUCUACCAAAAGAAUCACUAAUUUAGAGGCGGAUCUGAAAGGUCCAAAAUCGUCUUUAAAUCUAAUUUGAGACAAAAAAUGUAGCAUCUUUGUUAAGGACGAUUUAUGCAUAGGACUAUAGGAUAGGACCGGAGUGCAUGUACGUUAAUUUUAAGCGAAGUAUGGUGUGUACGUAUUUGUACGUGUGAGCUAGUUCUAUUAGACUAUUUCUUAGUACUGUUUUUUAUGAAACACCGUUGUAUUAAUUAAGGAAUAGUAGUAUGUAAUGUGCUUUCUGCAUCAAUUGAGAAGGCGGCUAAAGAUGAUUGAAAAAGUUCAUAUGUUAAUUAUUUGAAGUUGUAGUAUGAAGUUCUUGGAUUC